CAGAGCGAAGUGAAAAUUUACACGUAUCGAUGUGAAUUCUUUUUUAUAAUAAUUAUAUUUGUUUUAAGAUCUAUCUAUUAACUUCAAUAAAAUAUAUAAACAAUGUUUGCUAAUCUUAAAAAUAAACUUAUUGAAGAAGUAAAGGCGUCACCAUCGAAAUUCCAACAAUUCGCGAAUGCUGCACAGGCAGCCGUGUCAUCGUCAUCGGGGACGCUUCCCGGGUCCGAACCAGUGUCAGGAAAUGAAAACUUUUUCAGCAUCACCGAAGAAGACACUCCACAAAAUUCACCCCACAAACCAUUAAAGCUACCUGUGGGAAGUUCCCGGGCAAAGGGACCAAACAUCUCUCCGCAAUCCAACAAUGGUGCCAUACCAAGAUCGAGGAGACUUUCGAAUUCGUCAGUUGCAAGUGAUGUCUCAUUUCGUUUGCCUGCCUAUGAGUCUCCAGCUGUAUAUCACCUACAAUCAGACCUUGACGUUUCGGCAAGUGAGGUAGAAGAUUCGGCUUCUACAGCUCGAUUAGAUGUGAUCAAUAAAGAGCAAUUGUACGAUGCGUACAGGAAGGCUUUAGAUCGGUAUCAGAAAUACCGCUCGAGAUAUGCAGAUCUUGCUAAAAAAUAUAAGGAUUUGGAAACUGAUAGCACUAAAGCAAGGUCUGUGCUUGUGGAGACACAAGAAAAAGCUAUUCGACGUAUAAAUGAACUUCGAGAACAAUGUGCAUUGGAACAGCAAGCCAAAGCACACCUCGAAGAGGCUCUUCGAGUCGAAAUGGAUGACAUGCAAUGCAAGAUGCAGGCCUAUCAAACAAAACUAACCCUUCUCGGAGAAAAUCCUGACAGCAUAAUGGCACUCACUAAAAACGAACCACUAAUUCAACUCAAUGCGACCACAAACCAAACAACCACCGACCCAAAUAACCUCAUUAAUCUUGAUGUUGAAAACACAACCAAUCAUAAUGAUCAAUCACAUUUGGAAAAACAAGUUGCCGAGCAACAAAACCAAAUCAAAGCACUUACCCAAAAGCUUGACGAAGCUAAUAAAACAAUUGACUUGAUGAAACAACAAGAAGAAGAGAAUGCCAUUUCGUUAGCACAAACAAAACAAGCAAUCUACUCUGAAUUGGAGAGCAAAGAAACCCAAGUUCUACGCUUGAAAACAAAUCUCACCGAAGUUGAUUCGAAAUACCAACAAACCUUGAAAGAGAAUAAUCAGAUUUCGGGACAGGUGAAAGAACUAGAAGAAUUGAAAGAAAAACUAAAAACAAUUACUUUGGCUAAACAAGAAGCUGAAGCUAAAUUGAUUUCUUCAAAUCAUAUGCAGGGUGAAACGAAACAGCAAAUUGUGGCAAAGGAUAAGUUCAUAGCGGGCCUGGAGGAGAAGUUGCAGGACCUGUCGAAGAAAUACGAUGACCAGAUGAAGGACUUGAGACAUCAAAACGAGCAGCUCAGUGAAAUGAUAAGACAGUAUCAAAAUUCUGAAAUUUCCAUAGCCGAAAUUGACAACGAACUCAAUCGCACCAAGACCGAAAACAAUGGUCUGCAAGAGACUAUUUCAGAAAAUCAACGUAAAAUAAAAGAAAUUCAAUCAGAAAUUGAAGAAAACCGCAAGGAAUUGGACAAAAUUCAAGGCGAAAAAGAAAAUCUGAGAGUUUUAGGUGAAGAAUCGAAGCAAAAGAACGAGGAACUCAACAAGGAGCUCGAAGAAGUUCGCAAGGAAAAAAAUGAAAGUGAAAUUCGGUUGAAGCAACUCGAGUCCGAAAUAAAGAUACUUAACGAUCAGAGUGUUAACACAGAAUCUGAAACGAUAGUCGCUCUUAAGGAAGCACUUCAAAAAGCGAAAUCGGAAGCCGACGUCCAAAUGAAGGAAAUAAAGGAAGAGCUCACGGCCAAAGAAAAGGAACUCAAAUCGGCGACCAACAAACUCGGUAAGCUAAAAAAACAACUUGAAACAAAAGAAUCUGAAGGACGGGAAGAAAUCGAACGCCUUCGACAGAGCAUAACGGAAUAUGAAUCGAAUCUAGCACAGAUUCAAAACGAACAUCAGCAGCAUGAAGAGGCCAUGGAACGAGAAAAAUCUGAACUCAAAGCUCAAGUAACGAAUAUUUUACAGGAAAUUGGAACAAUGGAGGCAGAAAUUCGUAAUGUGCGUGCCUCCCAUUCAGAGCUGGAAGCAGAAAAACGAUCCCUCGAACAGAAGUUCGAAAGUAAAACUAAAGAAAGUGAUGACCAACAAAGAUGGAAGUCUGAACUUGACGAGUCUCUGGAGAAACUUAAACUUGUCGAACAAAAGCUACAAAAUAUCGAAAGUGAGAGUUCCCAAUUGGCUGAAAAGAACUGUUUGCUAGAAGAAAAUUCCAAUAGGCUGGAAAAACUAAUUGCAGAAUAUGAAAGAAAACGCUGCGAGUCCGAGACCGAAGUCACACAUCUCAAGCAGCAAUACGAAACUAGCGAAGAAAACAUUCAGAAAUUAAACGAAAAAAUGGCCCAAGUAUUGGAUGAGAAUUCAAGGCUGCACAAUGCCAAAGAACUCAUGGAACACGAGCAUAGAUCACUUCAGGAUCAAUGUGAAUCACGAGAGAAGGAAAAACUAUGUGUGUUGGAUUCGAAUAAGUGCUUAGAAGAUGAAUUAAAGGUUAUCAAGGAAGAAAUUGAAAGCUUGACCAGGGAGAACAAUAACCUAAGUGAGAUGUCCAACAACUUACGAGGUGACUUGAGUGAUGCAUUGGAGAAGGUGCGUGUUGAAGAAGACAAAAAUGAAAAAUUGAUGAAAGCAAAGGAGCAUUUGGAAAAAGAACUUAAGGCUGCAAAAGAAAAUGGAGAAGAAAAACAGAUGGUAGAAGAAUUACAAAAGAAAAUGGCUGAGUUCGAGUUGAUGUCUCAGGAAAAAAUCAAACUUGCUGAAGAUCAAGCUCUAGAACUCCAACGAAAAUUAGAUGAAUAUACAAAGGAAUCCGAGGAGCAUGAUAAGUCAAAUGAAGAACUGUCAGAGUUGAGGGAAAAAGUACAUGAACUUCAACAGCAGCUCCAAGAUUCUAAAACACAAAAUGAAGCCCUAAGCGAAAGACUAUCAUCAAGUCAGUCAGAAAUAAGUGCCUUGAGUGAAAAACUUAAUGCCGCCAAUGAGAGUACUACAAAACUCACAGCAACUAAUGAAGCACUAAAAUCUGAAAUUAAUAGUUUAGAAAACAACAAGCAAUCACAUUUGGCCGAGCUAGAAUCUCGUCUGCAGCAGGCUAGUAACGAAAAUCAAAAUCUCCAAGAAACAGCCCGCAAUGCAACCGAUUUGGAAAAGAAGUUGCAAAAUUAUGAACAACUCCAGUUGGAAAACGAAUAUCUUCACACUUUGACUGAGCAGUUGCAAGCAGACAUAAGAAGUCAAAGUGAGGAUCGUGCCAAUGUGGCCAUACAAAUUACAGCACUAAAUGAGAAAAUCAAUUCUCAGCGUUGUGAGCUGUACGUACUUAAUGAAAACCAGGAAAAACACAACAGCGAGGUGGAAGCCAAGUGCAAAGAAAUUCUGAAGGCACAAGAGGAGGUGGAACAACUCAAGCAGAGUCUAGAGACCCAACGAUCUGAACUAACAAGGCAGAGUGAGCACGCAGACUUUAUCACCGCACAGAAUGACAAUAUCCAAAAAGAGCUCUUGUCGUGUCAGCACCAGCUAGCCGAGGUUGAGAAAGAACUGCGGGAAGUGAAAAUUGUAUGUGAAGAAGUGACUGGAGAAAAACUGAAGCUUAUCGAUCAGCUUGCAAGUGCAGAGGCCUUAAGUAAACAACAAAUAGAUAAUUUGAAAGUGGAACUCGAACGUAGCGGUAGUACCUUGGAAACUCUAAAUAAGGAAGUAGAUGAUUUGAACAAAGAAAUCGAGAAGGUGGAUGCCUUGAAGGAGGAAAAAAAUGAAAUGCUUAAGCAAAUUGAGGCCUUGAAGGUUGAGCUGACCGAGAAAGUGCCAUCGCAAGUGAAGGUUGAAUCAGUUGCCGAAUCGACUAAGGCCUCCCAACACGAAUCGGAGAACUUGAGAAAAAUCAACGAGCAGUUGCAAAAAGAAUUGGAGGACCUGCAAUAUAAGUCCCGAGGAGAAAUCGCAAAUCUCACCGAGGAAAUCGAUGAUCUUCUCACCAAUGCAAAGCACAUGAGUGAAAAACUAGCACAGUAUGAAAAUCAAGAGAGAAAUCCUUCACCACCAUCGACUGCAUUAAAUGUACCUGUGGCAACCGAAGAAGGAAGUUCCGAAAGUAUUGAACAAGAAAAGAAGGAAUUAGAAUCGAAACUCAAAACAAUAAUGCACGAUGUUCAAGAUGUUUCCAAUCGCAAUCUCUUUUUAGAGCAGAAAUGUGAAAACUAUUUGAUUUUAGAGCAAUCAAACGAACGAUUGAAGUCACAAAACGAGAAGCUAUCACGGCAAUUGGAUGAAACUCUGAUAUCCAUGCAGCAUAACGAAGGAGUGACGGUAAAUACGGAGUUUGAAUAUUUGAAGAAUAUUAUGUUUCAGUAUCUGACUGGAACAUUGAAUGGCAAUAAUGAGACACUUGUAAAAGUUAUAUCUGCGGUAUUGAAAUUUACACCCCAACAAACCCAGGUGGCAAUUGAAAAGGAACACCAGAGAAGAUCAUUACUUGGCCAGCUUAACAAACUACUAUAGCAGGAGAACGAAUCCUAUAGCGUUUGGUAACAUAUAAGUUGUUAGUUAUUGCAAAAAUCGUAGAACGCUAUUGUGAAAUGUUUUUGUAAAUGUUUAGGUUUAAAUAUUAAGUUAAAUUAAAAAAAAAAUAGAUACAAAAAAAGGCUUAUGUAUUUUGUAAAAUAAUAAAAUAUUGUGUAAAGAAAAAUGUACCUUUGUUAUCAAAAAAUAAUUAAACAGAAACUUCAGAAUUUUUAUUCGCAAGCAAAGUUAAUUUAUAGAAAAAAAAAUAAUCCCAUGCUAAAGUUAUACUUUCUGUGUAUUUAUUGCAUUUUAAUUAAUAAUUUUAAUUUAACUAAACAAUUUUAAUAAAAAGAAAAGUAGGUAGGUAUACAAAAAAAAAUCUGUUAUGUAUUCUUAUAAUUAUAAUUGUACAUAACGUUAGUGAUCAAAUCGCAAUAAAUAAGUUAUAAUUUUAAGUAAAUUAGAUAUUUUUUUUGUUUGUUUUUUUCUUUUAGUGAUUUUUUAUUUGGCUAGUAUAUUUUAUUUUGUACACAAGUAAUAUUUUUUAUUUGAAUGUAGACAAUGUUGUUCUCAAGUUUUAUAAAUUAUAAACUAUAAUUUAUAUAGUAGAUACAUAAAUAAAGACAAAUUCGAUGCCCACAAACUUAGUAAGCAUUUGAUAUUCGGAAUUUUCUACUAACACAUAAUAUUAUUAAUAUUAAAUAAAAUAAAAUAUACUAACAUAAACAACCAUCAGCAAAAAUUCACUAAAAUUGUCUUAUAAGUAAAAAGUUACAAAAUUAUAUUAUUACUAAAAAUACAUUACUUAUAUAUUAAACACUUACCAUUA